UCAAUUGUUGAUUUGUUUCCGUCAAACUUUGGUAAGAUUAACUGCCGAUUAAUCCUACUUUUUAUAAACAUUUGUCUAUGCUGUUGUACAUUGGACAGCUAAAUACCCUUAAUCAAAAUGAAAAUUCAAAGCUCUAUCUGCAUCACAAUAAUCACAAUAACUUUUAGUUUGAUCCAACAAACUGUCGCUCAAAGAGUCUUUUUACGUAAUUUAACCCAAUCAGUUGUUUUACCUUGUCUUUUCCGUGUUUGUUACCCAGAUGUGGGCUGCUUCUCGCCCGAGACCUUUGAAUUGGUUCCAAUUUUACCUCCAGUGGCUGUGUGUCCACAUUCACCAUCUUUCAUUAGACCAAAAUAUCAACUUUACACAGCUAAUGAGCCACGAAAAGCUAAACCUUUGACAGAACUGCCAAAUGGUGUUCCACUUGGAAUAUCAGUUCAUGGAUUUACACCAACAGCCAAUUCUUCAUUUACUCAACUAAUGAAGGAAUCACUGCUCAGAGUGCGUCCUUAUGUUAUGACAAUUGAUUGGGAUCGAGGAGCUAAAAAUGGUGACUAUGCUGGCUCAUUUACAAUACCAAUUUUGGACGGUGUAAUAGCAGCAAUUAACUUACAAAUGGUGGGUCGAGUUUCAGCCAAUGUCAUCAACACCCUCAUCCAUGAACGCAAUCUUAACCCUAAAGACAUUUACUAUUACGGACACAGUUUUGGUGCUCAAAUGGGUCAUCAUGUCUCGUAUUGGUUAAGGAAAACUCAUGGAAUUAAAAUGGGAAGAAUGACAACUCUGGAUCCUGGCGCUCCCUUCUUCUAUGGUCAUCCUGAACGAUCAUUGUCACCUGAUGAUGCCGAUUACACUGAUUGCAUCCAUUCAUCCAUUUACUUUCAAUUAGCUGUUCCUCACACAGUCGGUUAUUAUCUUCCAGUGGCUCAUAAAGAUUUUUAUCCCAAUGGUGGAGGUGAUCUUCUUUGGGCCAUGCCUGGUUGUGGUGGUAACUUCUUAGCUUGGUGUUCGCACUUUAAGGCCUUAAUUUAUUAUGAUGCUGCGAUUGGCAGUUCCUGUCCAUUCAAAACACUUCGCUGUCCAAGAAUCGCUAAUUUUGAGGUUCAAGAAGAUUGUGUGGAGACAGAUACAGAGUUAGGCUUUAGAAGUAUUCAGACCAAAGAAAGGGGCAUUUACUUCAGUAAAAUAGACGAGAAUCCUUACGAUUGUAAUUUAACUCAAUCACUUAAAUCAAUUUAAGCCUUAAAUAAAAUAAUCUUCUGAAUGC